AUGCACCGAUAUUGUCCCUAACUUAACCAUUUACACCCCAAUACCCAAAGUCCCAAUAGACCUUAAUUGAGAGGUUUUCAGAAUACAAUAAGACGUAAACCACCUACAUUUGAACUUUAUCAUAUUACUGUUGUACUUCUUUGAUGUGCCACUCGCUUCAGAUCCUUCUUGUAUUACUUACACCAACAAUGGUAUCAGAUAUUGCAUCUCAUGGCAGUAUAAAUAAGCUGCAAAACUAGAGAAAAAAGCCAUCAAUUAAGCCAUGGCCUUAGAGGAGGAAGUAGAUAGCUUGUUCGAAAGCGCCAUGAAGGGGCAGUGGGGAAAGGUGGUGGAAGCCUACAGAAACAGUUCCAAGGCUCAAGAGGCCAAGAUAACCAAAUCUAACGAGACUGCUCUCCACAUUGCAAUUGCAGAUGGCCAAACAGAAAUCGCAAUCAAGUUGCUCAACAUCAUUUCCCUCGGAGGAAAUGCAUCCAAAAUAUUCAACUUAGGAAACGAGAAAGGCAACACAGCACUCCAUCUGGCUGCCAGGCUUGGUUACGUGGAACUUUGCGAAAUCAUGGCUACGAAGGAUCAAAACCUUGUCUCCGUUCGCAACCUGGACGGUGAGACCCCUCUCUUCUUGGCAGCUCAUAAUGGCAACAUAAAGUCUUUCCUUCGCCUUCAUUCUCACUGCCAAGAAAAGUUCCAUUCCUUUAGAGACAACAAUGGUGACACCAUUCUCCAUGCUGCUAUCUCUGGUGAAUACUUCUGUUUGGCGUUUCAGAUAAUUCGAUUGCACCCGGAACUUGCUAACUCUAUGAAUGAAAACGGUUUAUCUCCGCUGCAUAUUCUGGCCGGAAAGCCUAAUGCAUUCAAAAGCAGUACUCGCCUUGGACUAGCUGAUGAGAUUAUAUACCGCUGUUUGAUCGUUGAUGAUCUCAAAAUUGAAGCAUAUAAUCAUGAAGCUUGUCUGCACAAGGCAGGAGAUCAAAACAGUUCCAAGCAUCCGGCAAACUACGAAACGUGCAUGAACUUCUUCCGGCUUUUGAGAAGUCUGUUCAAAGUGUUAACGAAAUCACGGGGAAAUAAGAAUUGUACCCAAGCUUUGCGCUUAUACUGGAAUAAACUGCGCGGGUCACUCCCUCAAGCUAAUGGAGGAAACAGAAACAGAAAUGGUGUCAAUGCAGCUGAAGAUGAAGAGAAUCCUCGACCAGUGAUCAGCUCAGUAAUAGAGGCAAGUUCAGGAGCAUCAUCUUUUGAUAUCAAGUUAGAAUCCAAGGAAAUAUUGCAUACAACGAGUUCAAGAUCAACUGAUGUACAGCACUCCGGAGUUGAUCACAUCCUUUCUGUUGCAGAUGCAAACGAGGGAGUGAAGGCAUUUCCACCGAAUUAUGCCACGUUUGUUUUGUUUUGGAAGCUUGUGAUGAAGGCCUUGCUCAUCAUUCUGGGAAUUGGAAUUUGGAAGAUAAAGAAAAUCCAAGAGAAGAAAGAGCGACAUAUAUGGGCUAAUCAGGUCAUGAAUGAACUCGUCCAGUGCACUUCUUUAUACAAGUAUCAAAAUACCGGCCAAAAUCCCAACGAAACUCACCCAAGCAAGCAUACAGAAGAGUCUGAAGUUCCUAAUCCCACCUUGCUAGAGCAAACCCCCUCCUCGUCCUCAUCACCCGAUCAUGUACAUGAUCACGAGCCUGAGCUCAACAACGAUAAUGAUAGAAAGCACAAAAAGCUCUCGAGAGACAAGAAGAAAGUAACUCAUGAUGAAGCAGAUAAAAAGCAGACACCUAUAUUAAUUGCAGCAAAGAUGGGAGUGACCGAAAUAGUAGAAAAAAUCCUCGACAAAUUUCCAGUGGCUGUCCAGGACGUCGAUUCCGAUCAAAAGAAUGUUGUGCUCUUAGCUGUUGAGAACAGGCAACCCCAUGUUUACAAUCUCCUGCAGAAGAGAAAGCUACUAAAAGAAAGCUUGUUGCGUCAGUUGGACAACCAAGGUAACAGCGCAUUACAUCUGGCCGCUACAUGUGGACGGUACCGACCUUGGCUUAUUCCGGGCGCUGCAUUGCAAAUGCAAUGGGAAAUCAAGUGGUACAAGUUUGUCAAAAGCUCAAUGCCUCAUCAUUUCUUUGUUCGCUACAACAAAAAAGGCCAGACCCCGAAGGAGAUCUUCAUACAUACACACCGAGAUCUUAUGAAAGAAGGCAGCAAAUGGCUUAUCAAAACCUCGGAGUCAUGCUCUGUUGUCGCAGCGCUCAUUGCAACGGUUGCCUUUGCAACAUCGGCGACUGUACCAGGUGGACUUGAUCAGACUACGGGAGAACCAAUUCUUAAGGACAAGCCAGCCUUCGGUGCCUUCACCAUCUCAUCACUAGUUGCUCUCUGCUUCUCAGUAACAUCCCUGGUCUUCUUUCUUUCAAUUCUCACUUCUAGAUACGAAGAAAGUGAUUUUUCACUGGACUUGCCUCGGAAACUUUUGAUGGGUCUAACAUCACUCUUCGCAUCUAUAGCUUCCAUUAUAGUCUCAUUCUGCGCAGGGCAUAUCUUUGUCCUCAAACAUCAACUGAAAUUUGUGGCAUAUCCAUUAUAUGCAGCAACUUGCUUGCCAGUCACCUUGUUCGCAAUUGCACAGCUGCCCCUCUACUUUGAUCUCAUGAGGGCCAUUAUCAAGAAGGUACCACAGCGGAGCUACGAGGUCUUUACACACUAGGUCUUCAUCAGUUACGGUACCAAGGUCGGUGUUAUGCAGUGAUGAUCUUGAGUGCUUAAGUAUGUUUGGUUUCAGGGUGAGGUUUAAUUAUGUGGAAUUAUUACUUGUAUGUGAACCAUUCAAGGAGAUUGUGUUCCAAAUUUAGAUUUGAAACGUU